GGGUCCACCUUGGGUCCACCUUGGGUCCACCUUGGGUCCACCUUGGGUCCACCCUGGGUGUGGCCUCAGCCAGGCUCUUGCCCUGCCGAAGGUGACUCUUUAAAAGGCCAUUUAACAAAUCCCCACAUUCCUCCUGUACCCCUGUCCAGCGUCCAGCUCCCCUGUCGAGGUUAACCCUUUGUUUGCCCCGGCAGAGGCGGCGGGAGGGCGCUGCCCCCUUCGGUGCCCGCCGCAGCCAUGGAGGGGGCAGUGCAGCUGCUGAACCGCGACGGGCACAGCAUCUCUCACAACUCCAAGCGCCACUACCACGACGCCUUCGUGUGCAUGAACCGCAUGCGGCAGCGGGGGCUGCUCUGCGACAUCGUCCUGCACGUGGCCACCAAGGAGAUCAAGGCCCACAAGGUGGUGCUGGCGUCGUGCAGCCCCUACUUCCACGCCAUGUUCACAAAUGAGAUGAGUGAGAGCCGCCAGACCCACGUGACACUGCACGACAUCGACCCCCAGGCGCUGGAGCAGCUGGUGCAGUACGCCUACACGGCUGAGAUCGUGGUGGGAGAGGGGAAUGUGCAGACCCUUCUUCCUGCUGCCAGCCUGCUUCAGCUCAAUGGUGUGAGGGACGCUUGCUGCAAGUUCCUGCUCAGCCAGCUGGACCCCUCCAACUGCCUGGGCAUCCGGGGCUUUGCUGACACCCACUCCUGCAGCGACCUCCUCAAGUCUGCCCACAAGUACGUCCUCCAGCACUUCGUGGAGGUGUCCAAGACAGAGGAGUUCAUGUUGCUGCCCCUAAAACAGGUGCUGGACCUCAUUUCCAGCGACAGCCUCAACGUGCCCUCGGAGGAGGAGGUGUACAGGGCUGUGCUCAGCUGGGUCAAACACGACGUGGACAGCAGGAGACAGCACGUGCCCAGGCUCAUGAAGUGCGUGCGGCUGCCCCUGCUGAGCCGGGAUUUCCUCAUGAGCAACGUGGACACGGAGCUGCUGGUGCGGCACCACUCGGAGUGCAAGGACCUGCUCAUCGAGGCGCUCAAGUACCACCUGAUGCCCGAGCAGAGAGGGGUGCUGGGCAACAGCCGCACGCGGCCGCGGCGCUGCGAGGGCGCCAGCACCGUGCUCUUCGCUGUGGGUGGAGGGAGCCUGUUUGCCAUCCACGGCGACUGCGAGGCCUACGACACGCGCACGGACCGCUGGCACAUGGUGGCCUCCAUGUCCACGCGCCGGGCCCGCGUGGGCGUGGCGGCCAUCGGGAACAAGCUCUACGCCGUGGGCGGCUACGAUGGGACCUCUGACCUGGCCACAGUGGAGUCCUACGACCCUGUCACCAACUCCUGGCAGCCCGAGGUGUCCAUGGGCACCAGGAGGAGCUGCCUGGGUGUGGCAGCCCUCCAUGGGCUCCUCUACGCUGCCGGGGGGUACGAUGGGGCCUCGUGCCUCAACAGUGCAGAGAGGUACGACCCCCUGACGGGCACCUGGACCUCCAUCGCUGCCAUGAGCACCCGGAGGCGCUACGUGCGCGUGGCCACGCUAGAAGGCAACCUCUAUGCAGUCGGGGGCUACGACAGCUCAUCGCACUUAGCCACGGUGGAGAAGUACGAGCCCCAGAUCAACACCUGGAGCCCCAUUGCCAACAUGCUGAGCCGCAGGAGCAGCGCGGGCGUGGCCGUGCUCGAGGGGAUGCUCUACGUGGCUGGUGGCAAUGAUGGCACCAGUUGCCUUAACUCCGUGGAGCGCUACAACCCCAAAUCCAACACCUGGGAGAGCGUGGCCCCCAUGAACAUCCGCAGGAGCACCCAUGACCUGGUGGCCAUGGACGGGUGGCUUUACGCCGUGGGGGGCAACGACGGCAGUUCCAGCCUGAACUCCAUCGAGAAGUACAACCCCCGCACCAACAAGUGGGUGGCUGCCUCCUGCAUGUUCACCCGCCGCAGCAGCGUGGGGGUGGCCGUGCUGGAGCUCCUCAACUUCCCCCCGCCCUCCUCGCCCACCCUCUCGGUGUCCUCCACGAGCCUUUGACACCGAGCCCGGCCGUGCCUCGGCCCCGGGGGACAGCGGUGGCACCCGCUCGCUCUGAGCAGGGAGCACAAACGCCAGCCCAGCCCUCCUGGGGGGCUCUCCCCGCUCUGGGGACACCCACGGGGUCACCAGGGCCACCAAACGUGCUUCCAGGGCCGGCCCCUCCCUGGAGGGCGAGCAGAGGGGGCUCUCCCUCCGGCCAGACUCAUCCAGCACCCCCCAAAAGCUCCUUUGGGCAAGGGGGAACCUGAACCAUUGCUGCUUCUGGGAUCGCCGUGCUCCAGCCGUGCCACCGGGCACUGCCAGCCCUGCGGUGGCCCCGGGGGACACGGCCGAUGUGCGACCCCCUCCUCUGAAUGUCACUGUAGCCAAACUCAGCCCGAGCCUGUGUGCACUGCUCCGGACUCUGGGGCCGCUGCCCCGCUCCGAGGGUGUCUCUUUGAUGCCUUAACCACACCAAGAGAAGAAGCCCAGCCCAGGCACAGCCCUGCAGGAUGGGGAGGGUCCUGCCCCCUCCAGUGCUCCCCUGACCCUCUGGGGUCCCAGCUGAGCGUGGCUCUGGCCAGGCAGGUGGCUGCAGGGACCUUGGUGGCAUCGCCGCCAUCGCUGGCCCAGGCUCCAGGACUGGGACUCUCUGGGAAUGGCCUGGCCUGUUUGCUGUUCCCCUCUCUGCAAAGCAGAUUCCAGGUUUGUGGAAAGGAAUCAGUUCUUGGAAAAAGAACAGUCCAGCCUUCCGAACGAGAAGGAUUGCCUGGCAUUACUUUUUUGGGUAUUAAUUUUUUAUUUGCCUUUUUUAUUUGAACGCUAAUAUGACUUCAUAUCCCUUUCUUUUUUACACUGCCCUGCUAUUCCCCAUCCCCUCUGCUCUGGAAGCAGCAGAAGGGAUGCAGUUCCUUUUCUCAUUUGUUGAGGAGAUGAUUCCUGUGCCCUGGAAGUUCUCUCUGGAUGGGUGGGGUGUGUGCAUGUGUGAGAUGCCAAAAGCAGCACGGGAGGGACCAUUUCCAAUUAGCAACUCCCUGGCAAUGAAACAACCACUUUAAUGAACUAAAGCUUGGAUAAAUUAGCACUAUGAGGCCUGUCCUAGAGCCAGGGCUCCCGUGCUGUGGUGUUUUCAGGGUGUGCUGUGUGUGUGAGCCGUGAGCUGAGGCACAGAUCAGGUGCUCUCCACACCACAGAGGAACGACUCAACCACUGGUACCUCAAUCGUGUUCAAAUGUUCAAAUGUAGCAUUGGAAAUAUGGUCCAACUGUUUGGAACUCAUUCCUUUCUCCUUUUCCCCCCCUACUCCCCAGUUCUCACUCACAGAGCUCAGAUUUCACUCGUGUGGUACUUGUGGGCCUGAAUUUUCAAGUAGCAAGAGAUUUUUGCUUUUCACAGCUACUCCCCAAUUUCAGAUCCUUUUCUUGGCAGUCUGAUUUCCCCUGGACAGGUGCCUGCAGGUUUUCCAAGCCCACUGGCCUCCUUCACAAGCCCACUCACAGUGCCUCAUGUUGUACACCUGGAACUCCCAGCAGCUUCUGGAAAACAGGGCUGCUUCCCCCUCCAGCCUCUCCCCAAGGACAGUCUGAGCUUCUCAGGCUGAGGAGGCCUUUUUGGCUUUUGGAACAGGCUCCAAAUCCUCUUUUUGUCCCCUUCUCCCUGCCCCAGCCUGUCACAGCUCAGCAGCUCUCCUAUUUCCCUGUCCUGCAGAGGCCCCUGUGAGUGUCCAGGCUCUGCAGUUGUCUCCUGGUCCAUGUGGGCUGCCCCAAGAAGGUCAGAGUAAUCUGCUUUGUUCAAAAACUGAUACAACCAGUGAAAUCUGCUCUGUUUUGUGCAUGUGCCUCCACCCAAGUGAGCUCUCAACCCUUUCCAUCCCACUCCUGUAACCAACAAAGGGAUUUCACUCUCCUGCUGGGCUCACAUCAAGGUGUCCCUGGCUCCAGGGCCCCCUUAGGAGGGGGAUCAGCCCAAAAGCCCCAUGGAGAAGUGGAAGGGGCUGGUGCUGGGCUUGGCCCGAGGUGCUGAGGAGCUCAGGAGGAGUCAGGAAGGAAGGGAGAGUGGAGCCUAGCCAGGAGCUGCAGUGCAGGAGCUGCUGAGAGGGAAACAGGGCUGGUUUCAAACAAGGAAUGAGUGGCUCAGCCUCUGUUCCAGCUGGGGCUGCUGCAGAGUGGAGAGGGAGCUGUGCCUUGGGAGCAGAACCUGAGGGAAGUGAGAAAUGCAGCAGCUGAGGAGAAUUUUGGUGCCAUGUGCCCUUGGCCUCCGUUGGAAUCUUCAGCAGGCACACUGCAAAUCCUGUGUGGUGCUGUCCUGCUUCCUGAGGAGCAGGGACAGGGGCAGAGUGACUCCUGUGUCCCCUGGCUGGGUCCUGAGCAAUAUCCACUGAGCCUGACCCAUGGGAACCCGGCGAGGAGGGAGCCUCCGGUCUCUGCUGCCCAAACUAUGCAGGAAAGGGCAAAACAAUCCCCCAGCAUCUUCUGGGGGUCCCCAGCCCCCCGACCCACACUGUGUGGACACGAGGUGUCAGCACCUGCCCUGGGAGAUGCCAGGGUGGGAUUGCUCCUGGUGCUGCACGUCCCCUGCCGAGGAGGAGGAGGAGGAGGAGAGCUCGGAGGGGACGCGUGUCUGUGUCUGUCUGUCUGUGCGUAGCAACCCUGUCUGAGGGGAGGAGAACAACUCUGUGUGGCUUCCCUGCCAGUUUUAGUCCGUGGUGUCUCACCCAAUUCCUUGUCUGAAUUCCCAGCAGAGGAGCAUCCCCAAGCCAGGGGGCUCCAGGCUCUGGGGUUUUUCCCAGCAGGGCCAGGCAGGAGCCCCUGCCCUGAUUUGGGGGCAGAGGCUCCCUUGGCCUCCCUGCUGGGCACACCUGGUCCAGAUCCAUGUCCAAGCGUUGUCACUUUGAUUUCUCUGUAACUUAUCUGACUUUAUUUAUGUGGAACUCUGUUUCUCUGAAUUUUUUGCACUACAUGGGGCUGGGGAGGGGAUACAAGCAAUAGAAGCCAACGUGUACAAUAAAGACAUUUUCUUGGAUAUC